AUGAAACUCGUAAGGUUUUUGAUGAAACUGAAUAAUGAAACCGUCACGAUUGAACUCAAGAACGGGACGAUAGUUCAUGGAACGAUAACUGGUGUCGACAUGAGCAUGAAUACUCAUCUUAAAACAGUCAAAAUGACCGUAAAAAACAAAGAUCCCGUCAAUUUGGAUUCUUUAAGCAUUAGAGGAAAUAAUAUUAGAUAUUAUAUUCUACCUGAUUCACUUCCAUUGGAUACAUUGUUAGUUGAUGAUACACCAAAGGCUAAAGCCAAAAAGAAAGAAGGUAGGUGUAUUGAAACGGAAUAA